AUAUUCUCCCUUUAAAUUGGAAACAUUCUCCCUUGAACAUAAAUUUAGGCUUUACUCCAAUUAUUUUCUUAUUACGUGAUACGUCUGAUUUGACAACUUCUGUUAACGUUAUAGUCUCAUUCCUCUAUUGCAAUUUUCAAGAUCGAGCUUUUCCGCUAUUUUGGAAAUACCAAAUAAAGGGGUUCUAUUGCACGCGCAUUAUAUUAUUACGUCUCUAUGUGUGAUUGCAGCUCUCCCAGACCCUUUGGCACGCAAUUUUGACUGUAUGUACUAUAUAUGGGAAGGAGGUACUAUAUCUUAACAUUUACCGUUCAUUUAUUCUGUAAAGUUUUUUUUACAAGCGCCCUCGGAUAGAUCCACUUUUAUUUCUCAGCUUUUUGGCUCUCUGCGAGAUGUUUGUCAGACACAUGAAAACUAUGGUCGACAAAUGUUUUAAAACAGAAAUAUUUAUAAAAAGAACACGAAAAGUUCGAGAACUAUGAGUCAGUAAAGUGAAUAGCUAAAUAGCACACUCUGACCGUGAUAGAUCUUAUCUCCAUUAUAGUUUAUUACUCAGCACGGAUAAGGAUAAUGUUUCGAAUAGUGAGAAUAUUAAACUGAGGGCAGCAGAUACAUUUAAUAAUUAUUUUCAUCAUUCAAGUGUGAUGCCCAUUACUUCUAGAUACAUAACAUAAUGUCCACAUAUAACAAUGAUUGUUGCAUAGUUGUUUAAUCAUUAAGGGAAAAUGUCUGGACAGUCCUGCUCUGAAAAUGAUAUUGAUAAAAAAUAUAGUGUUUCGUUAAAAUACAACGAAACAAACAGUAAGAAUCAUGAUGAAAAUAUCUGCAGACACAAGACUGUGGAAAAUAAGCCGAUUACUGGAAAUACAAUUGAUAACGCAGAGAAGGAAAAAUACACUCGAGAAAAUGAGAUAGCAGACAAUACAUGUAUCGAUGAAAACAAGAAUAAUGUAUUGCAUGCAUCAAAAAUUCAAAAUAUGAUGAAAAAAAUGGGAUACAAGCCAGGAAAAGGUCUUGGAAAAAAUAACCAAGGUCGUAUUGAACCGGUAGAAACUGUUAUUCAACGUGGUCGAAAAGGAUUGGGACAUUAUAUACACAAAGCUAAAAGAAAAAAAUCGAAUAGUGGAGAUGCAAUUGAUAAUAUAGAAGAAGAAAAUUACACUCGAGAAAUUGAGACAGCAAACAGUGCACAUAUUGAUGAAAAAAGCAAUAUAUUACAUGCAUUAAAAAUUCAAAAUAUGAUGAAGAAAAUGGGAUAUAAGCCAGGGAAAGGUCUUGGAAAAAAUGAUCAAGGUCGUGUAGAACCAGUGGAAGCAAUUACUCCACAUGGUCGAAGAGGAUUAGGAUUCGCUAUGUCCCAAGUUUCAAAAAAAAAAGUUGCAAUUCUCAAGAAGACUCCAAUUGCACCUUCUUCCUUUCUUUCUUCUCCUCCUCCUCCUUUAAAAAAUUAAAAAGUGUCCAUUUUAUUUUUUGUGUAGGAAGUGUAAGAAAGUGCAGCUGAAUGAAAAUGAUAGUUUCUUUUUUUGAAAGGAUUAGCACGGUUAUUUAGCACAAUCUAAUUUUGAUAAAAUCUCUCACUUAACUCUGUCUUUAUUGUUUUUUUCUUUCUAACUUUAUAUCUUUUAUGAGACAGGUAAUUCUGUGCAAGCUCUUAAUCAGGGAAGUGUGGAAUUUGGCGAGGAUCGAACUCUGAUCUGAUUAGGUGACUGCAAUAUUUUGUGCAUACAUUAUUAGAAGAAUGGAAAUCGAGAGAAAAUAUUGGAAUAUAAAAAUUGUUUGUAGAUUUAUCUUAUAAUAGCUCUUUCUUUUUAAAAAGCUCGAGUGUAUGUUAAUUUUGUUUUGCAAAAGGAAGGUACAAGUAAGUGUGAUAAAGGUAAAGACAGAUUUAAUGUAUAAUCUUAGAAUAUCUAAAGAAAAUAUACUAUAUGAGAAAACACUG